AUGAGCCUCCACGUCGCCGCCGCCAUCCACUGUGGACUCGGUCGCCACGCCGACGCCAUCCCCGUCCUUGAGCGCGCCGUCGCCGUCGUCACGCCGCCUGCCCCUGCUGCCAAGGGGGAGGGGGAGGGCGAGGAUGGGGCCGCUGCGGCCGGCGGCGACGACCAGCAGCAGCAGCAUGCGGAGCCCGACCAGAGGGGCGAGGAGUGGUCCCUCGCCGCCUUCUCCGGCUGGAUGCAGCUCGGCGACACGCACGCCAUGCUUGGCCGCAUGGACGAGUCCAUCGCCUGCUAUGGCAAGGGCCUCGAGAUCCAGAUGGCUGCGCUCGGCGAGCGCGACCCCCGCGUCGCCGAGACCUGCAGGUACCUGACGGAAGCGAAUGUGCAAGCUCUGCAGUUCGACGAGGCAGAGAAGCUAUGCCGCGAAGCCCUCGAGAUCCACCGGGAGCACAGCGCUCCGGCAUCCCUCGAGGAGGCCUCGGACCGCCGCCUGAUGGCCCUCAUCCUGGACGCCAAGGGCUCAAGAAUCCUUGGUAGACUACAGAAGUUGCAUGUUCUCAAAUUGAAGAACCUUGAGCUUUUCAGCAUGACCAGUGGAAGUUUGCAGGUGAAUCGGAAGUACAGGAUAGCACCUAGUUCACCACGCUUAGAGGGCCGAAGCCCCAAGAUGCUGCUGCUGGAGCUGAAGCAGAAAUCAGUAUGA